GACAUCGGUAUGAAAUGGCAGAAAAUGCCUCUGUGUCACGGACUCAAAGAUUAGGCUACGUAGUACACAUGUAUUUGGCAGAACCAGGCCUGCCAGUGGAAGCAAACGCAGUGGAUUCAGAGGUUGUCCUACUAAGGAAGAAAUAAUAUAAUAUCUUCAAACAUUCUGCUGUAUAUUUCAACGGAAGACCAGAAACCGCGGUUUGACAGUUUUGGAAUUUCUAACGCGUUCUUUUGGAGUAGGGUCUUGAGACAGAAGUCCCACUUGGAUGCCCAAAACACACACUUUGUCCAGAUUUCAUCAUGAAUCGGAAUAAGCGUGAAAAGGAGUAUUACAGUUUAGACGUCGGGGAUUCCACUUUUACGGUGUUGAAGCGCUACCAGAAUUUAAGACCCAUAGGCUCCGGAGCACAAGGAAUUGUCUGCUCAGCGUAUGACCACAACCUUGAACGAAAUGUGGCAAUUAAAAAACUCAGCCGGCCUUUCCAGAACCAGACCCAUGCCAAAAGAGCUUACAGAGAACUGGUGCUUAUGAAAUGUGUCAACCAUAAGAACAUUAUUGGCCUAUUAAAUGUAUUCACGCCACAGAAGACGCUGGAAGAAUUUCAAGAUGUGUAUAUUGUGAUGGAGCUGAUGGAUGCCAACCUGUGCCAGGUGAUUCAGAUGGAGCUGGACCACGAGCGGCUGUCCUAUCUGCUCUACCAGAUGCUGUGUGGCAUCAAGCACCUUCACGCCGCGGGCAUCAUACACAGGGAUCUGAAACCCAGCAACAUCGUGGUAAAGUCUGACUGCACGCUGAAGAUCCUGGACUUUGGAUUGGCCAGGACAGCGGCCACGGGCCUCCUGAUGACCCCGUACGUGGUGACCCGCUACUACCGCGCCCCUGAAGUCAUAUUGGGCAUGGGUUACCAGGCCAAUGUUGAUGUCUGGUCUAUUGGCUGCAUCAUGGCAGAAAUGGUCCGAGGUAGUGUGUUGUUCCCAGGCACAGAUCAUAUUGAUCAGUGGAACAAGGUGAUCGAGCAGCUGGGGACUCCAAGUCAGGAGUUCCUGAUGAAGCUCAACCAGUCAGUGAGGACUUACGUGGAAAACAGACCCCGCUAUGCCGGCUAUACCUUCGAGAAGCUCUUCCCCGACGUCCUCUUCCCAGCCGACUCAGAGCACAACAAACUGAAAGCAAGUCAAGCCAGAGACCUAUUAUCGAAGAUGCUGGUAAUAGAUGCAUCCAAACGUAUCUCUGUGAGCGAGGCUCUCCAGCACCCCUACAUCAACGUGUGGUAUGAUCCAACUGAAGUGGAGGCGCCCCCACCACUGAUCACAGACAAGCAGCUGGAUGAGAGGGAGCACACGGUGGAGGAGUGGAAAGAUUUGAUAUACUUGGAAGUCCAGGACUGGGAGGAGAGAACGAAGAAUGGAGUGAUCCGGGGACAGCCAGCGUCUUUAGGUGCAGCAGUGAGCAGCAGCUUCCAGCAGCACCCUUCUGCGUCGUCCUCGUCCGCCAACGAUGUCUCCUCCAUGUCCACUGACCCCACCCUGGCCUCGGACACAGACAGCAGCCUGGAGACGGCCUCUAACACGGACCCGCUGGGCUGCUGCAGAUGACCAUCACCCUGCCCUGGUCCCUGUCCCACCAGUCCCUACACUUGUCUUCGAUGGUGUAGAGUUUAGGCCAGUUUUGAUGUUUGUUUGUAAAAAAAGAAAAGAAGAAAAAACAUUUUUUCCCCUUAAAGUACUACUACAUUUUAUUACAUUUUAUUAAUAUUUUUUUAGUCCAGGCUGUAAUAUCAAUUUAUUUUUAACCUAAGAACUUUAUGAUUUCACUACGCUGCAGUUUUGGCCAAUGGUGAUAUUUUGAGAAUGUCUGUAAAAGCUUUUUACAUGCUUUCAUUUUGUAUCUUUGUUUUUAGUUUCAUCUACUUCUAUUUCAGGCUACUGCUGUUUCAACUGGCCAUAUCAAUGUAGAAUGAGUUUGUACAGAUUUUAUGGUGAAUAUAUUUUUUUCAAAUUUAGUUUGCAGUGAGCCAUUCUACCCAUCAUUUAUGAUUUUAGUACUCCCCUUCCGAAUAUUACUAUUUCUUUGUCUAUUCUAAUCUCUUUCAUAUAGAAUACUGUUUAAGGCAUAUCCAUUGGGUUGGAUUUUGAGAUAUACAGUUUUCCUCGUGAGUCACUACCUCCUUGAAAAAAAAAAAAAAAGUUUAUUAAACCGCUUUCUUUUUUUCUUUUCUUAUUAGUUUAGUCUUAAAAUAUCUCAAAAUGCUGUUAGAUUCCUGAACCAUUUUCUCUUUUGGUAAAAGAAGACAUUUAGUAUUUCUUUUUUGUUGUUGAAUUUUUGUCUGAAUUUUCUUUUCCAAUAUUAUGGGUGUUACAGUAUAUGACGGAAAUGGCGCAGAUAGGUCCAGAAAGGAAACUAAGGAGCUUUUGAUAAUUUUCUUUGUUUGUCAGUGCUGAAGGCACUGGUCAGUUAUUCUCCAGUGAUUAUUUUCUACAGGUUUACUCUUUCUUUGACAGUGGGGCUAUGUUGUACGCUAGGACUGAGAAACGUGGCAGUGGUCGUACUGUACAGGUGAAUGCUGAAGAGCUUUGUGAGAAAUAGUAUGUUACUAGUUAGAACACAUGACUUGAGACGGUUGAAGGUAUAUGAAGAAUGUGUUUCGAUUGAGUCCAAAACAGGGACGUAGAGAGGGCUUGUGUAUGUAGUGAUGUUGGUUGUCUUUGGAGGGAUGGACAUUCUGCAGGCUUAAAGCGCAGAAACAAACUAUUUAAAGAAACAAGGUUCCUAAUCUGUGCUCAUGUUAUUCAUGUAAUAUAAGUGUGCAGUCAGCUUGCAGUGUAUUGAACAUUUCAAAUUGGAAAAUGAGUGUACAAUACGUAAGUAAUAAGCUGGAUCUCAGAGAAGAUAAUUGGCUGAACCCUUUGCAGAACUUGUACGUAUGCAUGCACUAAAUAAAUGUCACCCUAUGCUUAGUACAUCACAAAAUAGCUACAGAACCACUUCAAAACCCAAGUGAAUCAGUGAUUCUGAACUGUAUGCAAUAAUGGUGUCCUUUAAAAAAAAAAGAGGCUUUUAAAAGGAAAAAGUGCCUGUGGUUUGUCAAGCAUUCAUUCCUGAGUAUCUAGGAAGAGGAUGAGUAGGCCUGUUGUGUCGAGGUCAAUAACGUUUCCUGAUAAUGACUAGUAGUUUCCACAAAUAAGUCAAUCACAUUUGAGGCGUUUAUCGUUAAUGUAUUGUACAUUUUCUUUUCCUACGGCAUUGGUAAGUCUCCAACUUUACGGUCAAUGUUCUGUCAGGAUGAUGUAUGCUUCUGAUUAUUUUAGCUCAUACAUUUGAAAAUGUUUCAGAAAGGGGGCAGUUUUAUCAAUGUAGGUCUUUCAUCAAAGUAAAAUACGUUUUUUUUAAAAUUACAAUGACUGGUAGGUGUGUAUGGUUUGCGGCUUUACUUUGCAUAAUGAGAAUGUGCUUGAUGAUUUUAGGAGGGAAAUUAUCAUACUGUUUUGCCUCAUUUCCUCAAUAUUAAGCCAAAUGUAUUUGUGCUGAAUGGUGGCUGUGGCAGUGUAGCUGUUAUGCGGUGGUGUUGAAGAAUGCCUGUGCUAAAUGAUGGAGUUGUUUCAGAAUGUAAAAUACCAUGUAGUGUGUUGUUGAAUGGUCGAAGGGGAAGGUAUGCAGAAUAACAGCCAAUCAUAUGUAUCCAUUAUUAUAGUAGCUGUGUUGUAAUUCAAUUAUGAUACAUUUUUUAUUUUAAGUGCUCUUCUGUUUCUUAACCCAGCAUUAUUAGGGACACAUUCAGAAUUGUUUGACUUUCUGUGGCUUUUUGCUUUUCUAUCACAUCUCUCAAAAUUGUGAUUUUUAAGUAGGCUUUGAUGAACUACCUCACACUCAAUUUCUACAAGUUCUUGGAUACCUAGUUGCCCACAUGAUUAGCUAUCGAAGACAUGUGAAUACAGAUUCCGUUAUUUAUUUAUUUGAGAGUGUACUAUUGUCAAUGUUAGGAAACUUCUAGUUGUGUACGGUGUGUACUUCACCUAGUUGUUUAUGUAAAUGUCAUUUCUCCCCCCCUCUUUUUCCCUCUUGUUUUUACAGUUCAUGUGCAAUACCUUCUGCAAAUUAUGCUAGUAGUAAACUAAGUGAUGGAUCUAGCCUGUUACUUUGUAUUUUUCUGAAGGUAGAGAAAUGUUUGGUACUGUCAAUUCAUGUUUUCCUUUUUUAUGAAUUAGGAUGAUUCCUUGUGACUUUUAAUCUAUGAUGUUACGUAAUCAGUCCUAUACCAGUCCUUAAUCUAUGGCCAGAGGCGGUUAUAUCAUGCAUGGCCAAUAGAUUUUGAUUGGGAUCAGGCCAAAUAAUGAUAAAGGAAAAAAUGUAAAAGAUAAGUAAUGCCUAAAAACAAACUCAUAUAUAUAUGGUGCUGGUUUGUUAUGCAACUAGUUCAACAUGUCUGGCUCUGCAUCCCGACCGCAGCCAAUGAAAAGUACACUACUGGAAUAAAAACACUGGGAUCUGAUGAUGCCAACUUUAAAAAAACAUGUACUGCAAAAUAAAAGAAACAAAAUUUGA